AUGUCGCCUGCUGUGAUCACAGUUGAUCAUCAGGACUCGCUCUUCCCCGUCAGCAAAAAUCAAAAAGCAAUAGAGGAUCACGCAACUAUUUCGGAAGACGAUCGAAAGAGACUGCAGGCAUCCGGCAUUCUUGACAAUGCGGUCUCUUUUAGCACGAUUCCAAUUGUGGGCGAUGCUCCCACGAAAUCGUCUGGAGAUGGCAUGCUUCAUCUCGAGUUUGCUGAGCACGCUCUAAUAGGUAAUACUGUCACACUGAAAAUGAAAGAUGGCACGUCUAAGAUUGCUCGAGACUACCCGUUCACUUUCUACAACGGGAAGCUAAAAUUAACCUACGGGCAAAUAAGUGCACUCGCCGGCGACUUUUACGGCACAUAUGAUCCCAUUUGUGAAAGUCAAAGCCAGCGGGACCAGAUCGCUCGGUUCAUGCGCGCGUACAAAACAUUGGCUAAAAAUCCAUCCUCUCGUCAACCACAAAAAGCAAAAGAUAUUCUUGCCGCGUUGCAAAAGGAGGUAAACACCGUCAAUACUGCCAUCGCAAGUCACCGGGACCCCUCAAAAGCUUAUGCAAAGCUUCCCGACAAAAAUAUCAAGUUCCAACUGUUAACAGCGCUUAGGCCUUCUAAUUAA